UUGUGAUCCACAAAACCAAAAUAUAACCACCCCGUAAAUCUCAUGCAUUUUUAACUUUUUACUGCACUCUUUUGUUUUGCUUACAUCUUAAACUACAGGCGUAGGCAGUCUUCUUGCUCUAGUGCCAACACAAAAACGCAGGUGGUGAGAGAGAAAGCGAAAGAAAGCGAGAGAAAAGGAAACUUCGGAGAAACAAUUUAAAAAAAAAAAUUGAAUAAAGAUAUGUGGGAGUGAAGAAAAAAAGGGAAGUAGAUUAGACAAAUAGAGUAUUUAUGGUUUGGUGUGUGUUUUUUAAGUAGCGAUCGGAGAGUCGGAUGUUAUAUCCGAUCGUCGCUGAUCGGAGAUGCUACUUGGCGGUGGUGAUGGUGGUGAAGGCGGAGGUAGUCCGAGGUGAUGGUAGGGGUGGCAGUGGCGGAGGAGGAGGGGAAGAGUCGGUGGCGGUGAUGGUUGAGAAUAGUAGAACAAGUAGGAGUAUUUUUGUAGUUGGACGAUGAGGAAAGGGAAGGGCAGGAACAAUGGCUUGUUGCCGAAUUCCUUAAGGAUAAUAUCGUCUUGCCUAAAGACUGUUUCUACAAAUGCUAGUAACGUCGCUUCCACGGUUCGCUCCGCUGGUGCUUCCGUUGCUGCUUCCAUCUCCACUUCUUCUGAAGAUCAUAAAGAUCAGGUAACAUGGGCUGGCUUUGACAGGUUGGAACUUGGUCCAUCUCUCUUCAAGAAUGUCCUCUUACUUGGUUACCAGACUGGAUUUCAAGUCCUUGAUGUGGAGGAUGCCUCUAAUUAUACAGAACUGGUUUCAAAGCGUGAUGGUCCAGUUUCAUUCUUACAGAUGCAGCCUUGCCCCCUGAGUUCAGAUGGACAAGAAGGAUUCAGAUCAUCACAUCCUAUGCUUUUGGUUGUUGCUGGUGAUGACACCAAUAGUUUAAGAUUGGGUCAGAAUGCUGGCCAUUUGGCUGGGGUGGCCCGAGAUUGCCGGAUGGAGUCACAGUCAGGAAACUCUGUCAACUCACCUACAACAGUUCGAUUUUACUCUCUUCGGUCUCACUGUACUGUCCAUGUUCUGAGAUUUAGAUCAUCUGUGUGCAUGAUCAGAUGCAGUUCUCGGAUUGUAGCUGUAGGUCUUGCAACACAAAUAUAUUGUUUUGAUGCCCUCACUCUUGAGAAUAAGUUUAGUGUCCUCACUUAUCCUGUUCCCCAGUUGGCUGGACAAGGGGCUGUUGGGAUUAAUGUUGGCUAUGGUCCAAUGGCUGUGGGUCCAAGGUGGUUAGCAUAUGCUUCCAAUAAUCCACUGUUGUCUAAUACUGGCGUCUUAAGCCCACAAAAGCUUGCCCCUUCUCUUGGUGUCAGUCCAUCAACAUCACCAGGUGGCAGUAGUUUGGUUGCUCGUUUUGCAAUGGAAUCUAGUAAGCAUUUGGCAACUGGGAUGAUUAACUUGGGGGAUAUGGGAUACAGAACUUUAUCGAAGUGUUAUCAAGAGCUACUUCCUGAUGGGUCAAAUUCUCCUGUUUCACAAAAUUCUGUUUGGAAAGUUGGAAGGCUGACAGGAACUGACAUGGACAAUGCCGGAAUGGUUGUUAUAAAGGAUUUUGUUUCCCGUGAUGUUAUAUCACAAUUUAAAGCCCAUACGAGCCCAAUCUCUGCAUUAAGUUUUGACCCUAGUGGGACCCUUCUGGUUACUGCAUCAGUAUAUGGAAAUAACAUAAAUAUAUUCAGGAUUAUGCCAUCAUGUGUGCACUCUGGAUCAGGUGCUCAAAGUUAUGACUGGAGCUCUUCUCAUGUGCAUCUUUACAAGCUACAUCGUGGAAUAACAUCAGCUAUGAUUCAAGAUAUUUGCUUUAGUCACUAUAGUCAGUGGGUUGCUAUUGUUUCAUCCAAGGGGACUUGCCAUAUUUUUGUCUUAUCCCCUUUUGGAGGUGAUGCGGGAUUUCAAACACUUAAUUCUCAGGGUGAGGAGCCCUCCCUAUUUCCGGUUUUAUCCUUGCCAUGGUGGUCUGCCUCAUCUUGUGUCAUUAACCAGCAAUCUUUCCCACCUCCACUACCUGUUGUCCUUUCUGUUGUCAGCAGGAUAAAAUACAGUAGUUUUGGAUGGCUUAAUACGGUAAGCAACACUGCUGCUUCUACAACAGGAAAGGUUUUUGUGCCAUCUGGUGCUGUUGCUGCUGUUUUUCAUAAUUCUAUAUCACUAAGUCCUCGGCACGUUAACCUAAGAACUAAUUCCUUGGAACAUCUUCUAGUUUAUACUCCAUCAGGUCAUGUAGUUCAACAUGAGCUUCUGCCAUCAAUUGGGACAGAUUCAGGUGCUAAUAACUCAAGAAUUCAGACAGCUUUGUAUACACACAUACAAGAGGAUGACUUGAGGGUGAAAGUUGAACCUGUUCAGUGGUGGGAUGUAUGUAGGAGGUCAGAUUGGCCAGAAAGAAAGGAAUGUAUUUCUCGGUCUACCCUUGAGAGACAAGAUGUUGCAGAAGUUGUUCAAAGUAAAUCAGGCUGUGAAGAAUACAGGAUUCAUUCUCCGGAAAUUAAUGAUAGUGUCAGUGGAGAAAAGACUUCAAAACCUUUUCCUAAAAAGCCCCAUGAGAGCUUCCACUGGUACCUCUCUAAUGCAGAGGUUCAAGUAAACUCCUGGAAGUUACCAAUUUGGCAAAAGUCUAAGAUUUCUUUUUACAUGAUGGAUUCACCACAAGCUAACAGUUGUAAAGGUGGUGAGUUUGAAAUUGAGAAGAUCUCAGUUCAUGAAGUUGAAAUUAACCGCAAGGAAUUAUUACCUGUUUUUGACAAUUUCCAUAGUAUCAAAUCAGGCUGGAAUGACAGGUGUUUUACUGUGGGCAAACAUCCUCUGCCCUUGUCUCCGGAUCCUCAUCAAGGUGAAUAUAAAGUCUCACAAGAGACUAUUAUUUGUCAUUCAAAGCCAGCGUCCCUUAGCUCCACUGAAAGUUCUGAAGGAGGUUCAUCAAGGAGACUAGAGAAUCUACUUGAUUUGGAUCAAAUUAACUGUGAGAAGUCUUACACAUCCAGUUACCAGGGUCUGAAUGCAAUUUACCAUGGAAAAAGUGGGAACGGCAUUAUUGAGCCAAUGGUGCUGAAGCGGGAGUCUUUGACCAUCAUAUCUUCUCCAUCUCAGCACUCAGAGAAAAUAUAUUCCAACACCAGUCACUCUGUGACAAACGGUUUUUCCAAAGAGAGUAAGUUGCCUCCAUUAAGAAGUACGGCUGAAGGAACACCAUCUUUUGAUGCUGGUGGGAUUGAUAAUGCCUCAAUUUUGCACGUAGACCAUUACAAUGCACCUACAAACAUUCUUACAGAUGGAUCGGCAUUUUCUGCAGAACAGAAUCUCGUUGAUUUUGGGCAUUUCCAGGAAGGGCAUUAUGAAAUCUUACAGCACAAUGAAUGCAGCAAGUUGACCAAAGUUGUGAAUGAUGAUGUCGAAGGCGGCCGCAACCACUGUGGGAAGAAAAAACUAGAAGAGGAUGGGGAAAAUGAUGAACUGCUUGGUGCCAUGUUUGUCUUCCCUGAAGAAGGUUGCUAGUAAUCCAUCACUCAUGGUAUUUGUUCAAACUGCUGUAGAAAGCUUGGUUCAAGGUCAUCGAGAUAGUUAGCAAAGGUAUGUUUUUGGUAAUCAAAAUGCAUUGCACAUUGUAAAUAAGAUGGGGUGCUGAUGGUGUUGUAUGGUUUCUGAUUAAUGCUCGAGUGUUGUAAGAGCAUGCAUCAUCUUUCCCCGUCUCGUGUACAUUUUGUAGAUGGCAAUUCGUAAAAAGAAAAAAUCAUGGAGACCACUGGAUUUAGGACAAGGAUUAAACUCAAAUCAAAACUCGAUGUGGAGCUAGAUUUGGGUUCAAGUUCCUUGUCUUGAUGAUAUCAAGCUUUGUCUGUACAGAAAUUGUGUGAAGAAACUCUAUCCCAAGCUGUAUAACAAUGUUGUUUUUCUGGUGAGAGAAAAAAAAAAAAAGGAAAUGUCAAAUGAAAGGAGGAAAAGAUGAAAUUACUUUGUA